CCGGCUACGGUGCUCGUGCACUCCACAACUAUAGAAGGCGUUACAAUAUUUUUUUUCCUAGACCUGCCAAAACGAGAUAAUCCUUCAGAUCUCAAGAGGCUCCUGGGCUGCGGACUUUCGAACGGGGGGAGAUACCCAGAGCGGCAGUGUCCUCGGUAAGCAAGACAUCUUUCCGCACACUGAUAGACUGCGGUGUCGACACAACGGCCAAGGGGGGAGCCGCCUGACGCUACUACACGCAGCAGCUCCCGGGGGCGGAUGGAAUCUCCUUAAAUUCGCAGCAGUGCGACCGAACGCCGCUACGCGACGCCAUCACAAUGGCUGCGAGGAAAUGGUGAUAUUGCGACUGCGCGACGGGAGGACACCGAUAAGCCAGGCAUUCCCGGCGGGCCCGCUAGCCCUACACCCUCCGGUCAACCUAGCGGACAAGGGGAUGACACAGCUACACCUGUCGGACGAGGGGCUCGACGCCAACACCCGUGGCACGUGCAACAGGACGCCGCUGCGCCGGGCUGUCAGGACAAAAACCGGAACGACAUACUCACGAUACUGCUAACCAAUAAGCGCGCGGAUCUGAACUCAAAAGCCAAAACGGCCUGACACCAUUUCACGAGGCAGUCAAGCUCGCUUGCGAAGCCGCAGUCCGGACAUUCCUGACCUCUGACGCAGUCGACAUCAGCGCCGGGACUCGGGCGGGGAGACGCUGCGGCAAGAAAGGGGAAUGAGGGAGUUUUUUAGGUUGCUGCUUGAAAGGGGCGAUCUUGAUCCUGAUGCCAAUCGUUUUGGUAGCAGUUCUAUUAGGUCGCUGGCGAGGAGCUACUCCUCUACUAUCAGGAAGCUUGUGCUAGAUUAUGGAAGUUCUGGGCAGCAAGUUGUGAACGAGGCAUCCGUCUCCCAGAAGGAAGUGGCUAGAGAGAACUGGGAGGUGGAAUAGGUGGGGGUAUGCCUAAAGCGUGUACGAUAGAAGCGUGUAGACGCAAUACUGUUCGUGCAACGAUGAGAGUACAACUCAGCUGAGUGAGCUGUUGUGAUUGGAGACUCGAUUGCAUCGUCUUUGUCACCUCGAUUUGGCACACGCAGCAAAAUGGCCAGGGAAAACACGAAGCAAAGAUGGAACAGGAGCCCUCGGGACUCAGGGAAGACACCAGAUGAUCCAAUUCCUCAGAAAUAUCCAACAACCCCACAGAACAGCGAACCAUAUCAAACCACAUGGGCACGAAGCCACCCGAAUUCCAAUCCCAUUUCGCCUGCUCGAUGGCGUACACGAGCUUCCCCCAUGACUCCAACACUCCUCCGAACAAGCACGCUCCCAGGAGCGCGCCCCUGAUGUACCAUUGGCGGAUGAUAACAAUAAAAAAGCGAGUACGUGAGGCAAUUAUCUCCCCCCCCCCCUCUCCGGUCUGAUGGCCUUUCCAUCUGCACCUUUGACUCCCUCGUGAGCGUUGAAACUCUUUUUGAUUUUCCCUCUACCUCACCCCACCA